UAUCCAUGCGCAUGCGCAGCUCUCGCCUGUGUCGCUGUCCGCUACUGUAGUGCUGCUCUAGUUCUGCUGCGUGGAACUCUCCCGAGCAGCAUCACCAACGCAAACAUGGCGACCCGGACAAUGCAAGCGGCUCGAUGCCCAACAGAUGAGCUGUCACUGACGAACUGUGCAGUAGUUAGCGAGAAAGACCUGCAGUCUGGACAGCAUGUGACUGUGAGGACAACACCCACCCACAAGUUUGUGUUCACAGUGAAGAGUCACCACUCUGUGGUUCCUGGAACCAUCGCUUUCAGUUUGCCACAGAGGAAAUGGGCAGGCCUGUCCAUUGGACAAGAAAUAGAAGUGGCCAACUACAACUUCGACAAAUCCAAGCAGUGCAUUGGUGCCAUGACUAUUGAGAUUGACUUCCUUCAGAAGAAGAGCACCGACUCCAGUCCUUACGACUCAGACAAAAUGGCUGCCGAGUUUAUCCAGCAUUUCAACAAUCAGGGUUUCUCCGUGGGGCAGCAGUUGGUCUUCAGUUUCUGUGACAAACUCUUUGGCCUAGUAAUCAAGGACAUUGAGGCGAUGGACUCCAGCAUACUGAAAGGGGAACCAGCAUCUGGCAAAAAACAAAAGAUUGAGAUCGGUCUGUUGGUUGGAAACAGUCAAGUGAUCUUUGAAAAAUCAGAGAGUUCAUGUCUUACUCUAGUUGGCAAGGCCAAGACCAAAGAAGCCCGUCAGACGAUCAUUAACCCUGAAUGGAACUUCGAGAAAAUGGGCAUCGGUGGUCUAGACAAGGAGUUCUCAGAUAUCUUCCGCAGGGCCUUCGCCUCUCGAGUCUUUCCUCCAGACAUCGUGGAGCAGAUGGGUUGUAAGCAUGUGAAAGGCAUCCUGCUCUUUGGUCCUCCUGGCUGUGGUAAAACACUGAUGGCCAGACAGAUCGGCAAGAUGUUGAAUGCCAGAGAGCCAAAGAUAGUCAACGGUCCAGAAAUCCUCAACAAGUAUGUGGGUGAAUCUGAGGCCAACAUUAGGAAACUGUUUGCAGAUGCUGAGGAGGAACAGAAAAGGUUGGGUGCUAACAGUGGUCUGCACAUCAUCAUCUUUGAUGAACUGGAUGCUAUCUGUAAGCAGCGUGGUACAAGUGCAGGCAGCACAGGUGUGCACGACACUGUGGUCAACCAGCUCCUGUCAAAGAUCGAUGGAGUGGAGCAGCUCAACAACAUCCUCGUCAUCGGCAUGACUAACAGGCCUGACCUUAUAGAUGAAGCUUUGAUGAGACCUGGCCGAUUUGAAGUGAAGAUGGAAAUUGGUUUGCCAGAUGAGAAGGGCCGUGUUCAGAUUCUGAACAUCCACACAUCUAAGAUGCGAGAGUUUAACCUCCUGGCUGGUGAUGUGGAUGUUAAAGAGCUAGCUGCUGAGACCAAGAACUACAGUGGAGCUGAGCUGGAGGGCCUGGUCAGAGCUGCCCAGUCUACUGCCAUGAACCGCCACAUUAAGGCCACAUCUACUGUAGAGGUGGACAUGGAGCGAGCGGAAAAGCUACAGGUCACUCGAACAGAUUUCAUGGCGUCCUUAAAUAACGACAUUAAACCUGCUUUUGGCACUAAUCAGGAAGACUAUUCCAGUUACAUUAUGAACGGCAUCAUUAAGUGGGGUGAUCCAGUGAGUCGAGUGCUGGAGGACGGAGAGCUGCUGGUGCAGCAGACUAAGAACAGUGACCGCACCCCACUGGUGUCUGUGCUUCUUGAGGGACCUCCUCAUAGUGGAAAAACAGCCCUGGCCGCCAAAAUCUCAGAGGACUCACAGUUCCCAUUCAUUAAGAUCUGCUCUCCAGACAAGAUGAUUGGCUUCUCAGAGAUCUCCAAAUGCCAGGCAAUCAAGAAGGUCUUUGACGAUGCUUACAAGUCUCAGCUCAGCUGUGUUGUGGUUGAUGACAUUGAGCGUCUAUUAGAUUACGUGCCAAUUGGUCCUCGAUUCUCCAACCUGGUUCUUCAGGCCCUCUUGGUUUUGCUGAAGAAGAUUCCACCUCAUGGCCGUAAGCUGCUGAUCAUCGGUACCACCAGCCGUAAAGACGUGCUGCAGGAGAUGGAGAUGCUGGAUGCGUUCAGCACCACCAUCCAUGUGCAAAAUAUCUCCAGUGGGGACCAUCUGGUUGAGGCCUUAGAGCUCCUGGGCAGCUUUACGGAUACAGAGAGAACCACCAUUGCCCAGCAUGUGAAAGGAAAGAGAGUGUGGAUUGGCAUUAAAAAGCUUCUCAUGCUUAUUGAGAUGUCUCUGCAGAUGGAUCAGGCAUACAGAGUCAGCAAGUUCCUCUCUCUACUCAAAGCCGAGGGAGCAGAUCGUGGUUUCUAUGAGUAACAGAACACAGGAGAGCGGGACGCCCAUGCUGUUCCUCUCAAAUGGAGGCCCUUGAUGCCCUCUGCAUGUUCCCUUGGCAACUACAAGCAAACUCCACCCAAACGACACCCUCCCAAUACUGAUAACUGGAUGGCGAUCACACAGCCAUCCCCUCAUAUCAAACCAGUAUCAAAUAUAGUCUUGUGCUUUGUGUAAUAUUUCUGUACGGCUGUUUGUUUACAUGAAUAUCCCUUUUAAUCUCCUCAAAGCCAUGAAGAUGUAAAAAAAAUCUGAUAUAUGAAAAAAAGAAUUUAUAUAUGCUGCUGGAUGCAGAACAUAUCUAGUGAAUCUAUAUCAUGCAACAUGUGAAUCUUUAAGUAGGAUAUAAGAAAGCUGUUAUUGUGUGUGUAUAUAGUGAAGAUGAGCCGUGCUGUUCGUAGUGUGCAUACACAGAACCCUUCCUUUGUGAUUGUGUUGUGGUAACACAAGAAGACAUCAUAUAGAUCACAGUGUUAUUUGAUAUUGUACAUAGGUUCAAAAUAUGCCAGUUCUUUUUGUUUCAUUUGUUUUUGUUUUAAAGUUACUGUGUCAGAGCUGGAAAUAUUUAGUAUAUGUAAACUACUCGACUGUAUGUACUAUACGUGCGUACUAGUGUUCGAGAAGUCAGCAUUUUGAGAACAACCUUGAGAUCAGUUCUACAGUGGAUUGAUAAUCUGUUGUGGUCACUACAUGAGUGUCUGUUGGUGUGUGUGUGUAUAAAUGAGCGAGUGAGUGAGUGUAUUAAUGAUCAGCUUCAGAGUGAACUAAUUUGUGUGGCUGUAUUUAUCUGUGUAAGUAAAGUGUGUGUAGAUAUUGUUUUUGAAAUGACUAUUCAUGAAUAUGUUGUUUUAUGUAUUUAUUUUGCCUGCCCAUUCAUUCAUAUGGUUUAUGUGACCAGUGUUCAAUGUCCAGAGCUCUUUGAUCUGUUAUGACUAUUGGAGAUGUACUGUAUGACCAGAUGCAAAAAUGUGUUACUGCAAUAAAAAAUAACAGGCUCACAGUAAAAAUGUA